UUGUAGGGAUUCUGCUGUUUGACAACAGGAAGAAAUUUCACCUAAUAUCUGCAAGCAUUGUAUGAAAGGCUGAGACCACGCUAGGUUGAACCAGGACUUCUCUUAAAAUAUGCCAUAAUCUGAGAUUGUUUUUGUAGGAAGUUUGUCUUGGCAAGAGUUUCAAAAGAACUUGCUAGACACCUCUCUUGUAAUUAGCUGGCUUCCUGCUGGAAUCUUAAGCCUCCCAUCACCUCAGUGGGUGCAAAAAUUAGCCUCCUUCUCUGUCAUUCUCUUGCCAAUAUAAAAUGUUAUAUUUCUGAGUCAAUUAGUUGGUAUUUAAUUUAUCAUUUGUUAGGAAUUGUUGAUAUUUAAUCUUAUUCAUUUUAAAGUUUUGAUUUGAUUAAAUAAUUUUCCCCGUUUAUUAAAAAAACAAGAUGACUGGGGUGCCUCUGUGGCUCAGUCGGCUUAGCGUCCCACUUUGGCUCAGGUCAUGAUCUCGGGGUUCAGGAGUUCAAGCCCCGCAUCGGGCUUUGUGCUGACAGCUCAGGGCCUGGAGCCUACUUCGGAUUCUGUGCCUCUCUCUCUCUCUCUUUGCCCCUCCCCACUCACGCUUGCGUGCUCUCUCUCUUAAAAAUAAGUAAAAAUGUUAAAGAACAAAAAAACAAAAAACAACCAAGAUGCCUGACAUGAUGUUAUGACAAUGGCACUUCACCCCAGCCAUCUUCCUCCCUGAAACCCAUUACCCUAGUCUAACCAUGAGAGAAAUAUAAGACAAACCCAAAAUGAAGUCCAAAAUACCUGACCAGUGCUCCUCUUAACUGUCAAGGCCCUCAAAAACUAGGAAAGUCUGAGAAACAAGAAAGUCCUGAGGAAGUGAAGGAGAUAGGAUAACUAAAAAUAAUGUGGUGUCCUGGAUGGGAUCUUGGAAAAGAAAAAGCGCAUUAGGGGAAAAGCUAAUGAAAUCCAAACAAAACAUAGAGUCUGGUUAAGAGUAGUAUACCCAUGUUCGUUCAUUAGCCGUGUCGAACAUGCAGCGUAGCAGUUAUCAGGUGCAGGGGGUGGGUUAUGCUAGAACUCUCUGUACUCUCUCUGCAAUUUUCUGUGAAUCUGAAAACUGUACUGCAAUAAAAAGUUUACUUAAAAAAUAGAAGGAAGAUAAAGAUAGAAUAGAGCAUAAUGCUCUAUAAAAUAGACAAAGAAACACGGAAGUUAUUAAUAAAUAUUGACUGUCAGUCUGCCAUGUGAUGUAUCAAUAAAUGGCAGGAGGAUACCAGUGAGUCUGUUGGCAUAGCAAUCGGAUGAACUUGUACAAAUGAUGAAUUAGUUGUAAACACUGAGUGUUAUGGCAUUCGAAGAUUCCAAACAGUCAAUCCACACAUGAGCUUUCUGUUCACGUAUUUCAGGAUCCCCGUUUUGAGAAUCUGCACAAAGAAAUAUUUCAUGUCCUUUAGGGAGGUUUAAUAAAAAAACAACAGGUGGGAAAUGGGUUUUGCAGUAGCACGAACAGUCAUAACCGUAAAUACUACUACCUCAGAAUUAUACCAGCAGCGGGUCGUAAACACAUUAAUCACGCAACAGUGCAGAAAUUCCAUUCUCAGAUGUCAUCUCAAUUUCAGGCACAAAGAUUAAAUGCCUACAUUUAAAUUCAAACCAGUGAGUAGAUACGAGGAUUCUUUAUUUUCGUGGGGAUUCAUGGAGUGACUUCACCAGUUUCCUCAUCUAUAAAAUGGGGUUGAUAAAUCUCAUCUCACUGUUGUGGGAUUAAAUGAGAUGAUAUAUGUAAAAUGCCUACUGUGGUGGACGGCACAGAGUAGGUUUUCAACAAAUGGUAUCUGCGCUUAUUACUUACUAUGUUCAUGAUUGUGACGAUGGCUUUAGCAUUUCAGAACCAGAAGCUGUUGAGAGAGAUAUUUUUGAAACACCGUUGUUUUACAAAUGAAGAAACAGACUCAGAAGUGACUUGCCUGGGGUCAUGCAGCUGCUUUGUUCCGGCAUCAGGACUUGAACUCUUGUCCCUCAGGUCCUGUUGGGUGCCUGUUCCAGAUCCACAUCGACUGAUAGUAUCUGGUGCCUACUGUGCACCAGCAGCAACAGUCGCAUAGUUGUCCUGCAGAACUGCAUGUGGGCAUCUCUACCUCUUGGGGAUUCCGUACCCCUUCCUCAGAGAGAGCAGAAUUCUCCGCCUCCCUCCCCAAUAGGUGUGGCAAUCACGCUCCCUUCCAGUAAGUUCCCCGUUCCCUGCAUCAGCACUUUAGGCUGCUGCAGCCUGCUCCUGGGCAGAGCUGGGUUUGCUGUGUUGAGGACAGUUUGGGGAAAGGGAGUGUAAAGGAAUGUAGCAGCUGCUGUGUGGGGACUGACUGUUGGAGCACCAACGAGGGAUGCCUGCCCGUCUCCCCGGGUGGGCACGCUGGAGUUUAAUGCAGAAUAUGAGGACUUGGGGGGGACAAUAUCAUCUUAUUCUUGAGAGGCUGUAAAGAGCUCGGCCUUAGAGAAUCUCAACUUUUUGAUCCUGGUGACCUACAGGAUACAUCCAACAGAGUAACAGUCAAGAGCCUUGAUUACAGUAGGAAGCUGAAAAAUGUAUUAGUUACCAUUUACUGGCUGGGAAAAGCAGCAAACAGCUCUGCAUCCUAUAGCGGAACCACACUGAACCUGAAGGAGUUCGAAGGCUUGCUGGCUCAGAUGAGAAAGGAGACGGAUGACAUUGAGAGUCCUAAACGUAGUAUCCGAGACAGUGGCUACAUAGACUGCUGGGAUUCUGAGCGCAGCGACUCCCUCUCCCCCCCUCGCCACGGCAGAGAUGAUUCCUUCGACAGCCUAGAUUCCUUUGGCUCCCGCUCCCGGCAGACACCUUCACCAGAUGUAGUCCUCAGGGGAAGCAGCGAUGGGAGAGGAAGUGACUCUGAAUCCGACUUGCCGCAUCGGAAGCUGCCGGAUGUGAAGAAGGAUGACAUGUCCGCGAGGCGGACUUCCCACGGUGAGCCGAAAUCAGCAGUGCCUUUUAACCAGUACCUCCCGAACAAAAGCAAUCAGACGGCCUACGUCCCCGCUCCUCUGCGAAAGAAGAAGGCAGAGCGAGAGGAAUACCGGAAGAGCUGGAGUACCGCCACCUCACCCCUGGGUGGGGACAGGCCCUUCAGCUAUCCUGAGACAAUAGAGGAAGAGGGAAGUGAAGUGGGGUCUCCCUGUGAAGAGGACCCAGUCGGCCAAAUGGAUCCUAGUGGGAAGCCUUCUGAUGGUGGUUUAGAGUUACCCACUGGCGGUGGCAAGGAGCAGCCUCCCCACGAGGGGUCUGUGAUGACACCAGCUCCCAAGUCGGAAGACAAAGAUGCUGUUGAAAUGCAAAAGCGCAGGAGGCUAGAGCAAGCUGGAAUCAAGGUCAUGCCGGCAGCACAGCGCUUUGCCAGCCACAAGCAAUUAAGUAAUGAGAAAGAAGCCGUUCACGACAUUAUCCUUCGCAAAGAAAACCCUUUCCUGACCCACGAAUGGGGCAAAGAUCCGCAGUCAGAAGAUGAAGUUGUGUGUCGACGGCCUGAUCUUGAGAAAGACGAUUUUGCUGCAAGGAGAGUGAGGAUGAACCAGACAAAGCCACCGGUGCCAUUGAACCAGCUCCUCUAUGGGCCUUACCGAAAAAAAGAGGCAGAGAAAUCAGAUAGCAGCAAACAACUCUCAAAGGGAAUUUCAGAAAAGAAAAGUCUAGAAUAUAAAAGAAACCAGGGCCAAAUAGAAGAAGCGAAGUCAAUGGUGACCUGUGUUACUCGGACUCAGGAGAGCGAACCUGCAGAAGAAGGAGUGAGGAAGGUGCCAGAUCUUUACAAGGAUGACCUGGCUCAGCGGAGAAUUCAGGGCCACCUUGCCCCUCACCGAGAGGCUCCAAGAUUUGUCACAGUCUCCAAUAUAACAGAGGCUGACUUGGAGACGUGGGAGAGACUGAAAGUGUCAGGAAAGACAAGGGAUGGAGAUGUUGAGCACAUCUGUGCCCCUGAGCCUUCACCAGAAAUUAAAGCAGAAACUGCCAUUCGUGAUGACUUUGCCAGCCGCAGAGCAAGGGCCUAUGAGAAAGCUUCCAGCCCCAGGCAAAAGUUUGUGCACUUUGGACCCGUGACAGAGAUAGAUCAGCAGAAGUGGAAGCGACUCAGCAUCGGCAAGGCUGGGCCUAGGGAGGAUGUAGAAGAAGUCAUGGGUCACGGCAGCAAGAUUGAAAUGAACUCUGUCACCCCAGCCUCAGCGGCCACGUCCGGUUUACAAAAAGACCGAACGCUUAAUCCGCAAAAUGAUUGCAGAAUAGUGGAUUCUGGUGUAGAUGACCAUUGCAAAAGGGUCUCGCGGCUGGCUCCUGUGCUGGAGACCCAGGAGGAGCAUGCCUGCAGUUUGUGCGAGUGCCCAAGAACAGAGGAAGUUACAUGCAAACAGCUGCCGCAGGAUGGCAAAGAGGAGAAAGAAGGAGCCACUCAAAGAGAUUCUGAGACGCUGCCAAGGGCUGAAAGAUCAGAGGAGAGCGGCCAGCCACUUUCUUGUCCCCCAGCCGCCGAAUGCAAGGCUUCAGGGACAGAAGAGAGCUCGGAGAAGAUGACAGCUCCUGCCUGGAGUGGCAGGGGACUGAAAGGCCAAGAAAAGUUGUAUGAUUCACAAAAAGAUGACAUGAUGGUCAGGAGAACCGGGACAUCUCUUAGACGCACUGGAUCCAACGCAAACCAGUUCCUCCCAGUUCCAUUUGCAAAGCAACAGGAUGUGGAGGAAUCUGCCAAAGGUCCGCCAAUGAAAGAUAAGAGAUACGGUCCGAGAACUCCUGUGUCUGAUGACGCAGAGAGCACGAGUAUGUUUGACAUGCGGUGUGAGGAGGAGGCCGCGGUGCAGCCGCACAGCAGGGCCCGCCAGGAGCAGCUGCAGCUGAUAAACAACCAGCUGCGAGAAGAGGACGACAAAUGGCAAGAUGACCUGGCUCGUUGGAAGAGUCGUAGAAGAAGCGCUUCCCAGGACUUAAUCAAGAAAGAGGAAGAAAGGAAGAAAAUGGAGAAGUUACUGGCUGGAGAGGAUGGAACAAGUGAACGAAGGAAAAGCAUCAAAACCUACAGAGAAAUUGUUCAAGAAAAAGAGCGGAGAGAGAGGGAGUUGCAUGAGGCCUACAAGAAUGCACGGUCUCAGGAGGAAGCAGAGGGGAUCCUUCAACAGUACAUCGAAAGGUUCACCAUCAGCGAGGCUGUUCUCGAACGCUUGGAGAUGCCAAAAAUUCUGGAAAGAAGCCAUUCAACAGAGCCAAACUUAACCCCCUUCCUGAAUGACCCCAACCCCAUGAAAUACCUGCGGCAACAGUCACUGCCUCCACCCAAGUUCACUGCCACUGUGGAAACCACCAUCGCUCGCACCAGCGUUCUGGAUACCAGCAUGUCAGCAGGCAGUGGCUCUCCAAGCAAAACUGUCACUCCCAAAGCAGUGCCUAUGCUGACACCCAAGCCUUACUCCCAGCCCAAAAACUCUCAAGAGGUUCUGAAGACCUUUAAGGUAGAUGGGAAAGUCAGUGUGAAUGGAGAAACAGUUCAUGGUGACAAGGAGAAGGAAAGAGAGAGUCCCACGGUGGUACUUGCCUCCUCAUUAACCAAAUCCCAGAUGUUUGAAGGUGUGGCCAGAGUGGAUGGGUCCCCAGUGGAACUCAAACAAGACAACAAUAGCAUUGAGAUCAACAUAAAGAAGCCAAAUUCUGUUCCCCAAGAACUGAGAGAAACCACUGAAGAAACUGAACCCAACAGUCAAGAAGAUGAGAAUGAUGGCAAAGAAACACAGAAAGGGAAUACAGAACUUGCCUCACCAGAGCCACAGCAUUUUACAACAACUGUGACUCGGUCCAGCCCGACUGUGCCCUUUGUGGAGUUUUCCUCGAGCCCCCGACUGAAGAAUGACGUGCCAGAAGAAAAUGACCAGAAGAAGCUGGAAAAUGAAAUGAGUGGAAAGGUGGAGUUGGUGCUGUCACAGAAGGUGGGAAAGCCAAAAUCGCCAGAGCCAGAAGCAACCCUGACAUAUCCAUUUCUGGACAAAAUGCCUGAAACCAACCAAUUACAUUUGCCAAAUCUCAAUUCUCAAGAGUCGCCUGGCAUUGCCAGUGUUCCGCUUAGAGUUCAGAACUCUUGGCGACGUUCCCAGUUUUUCUCCCAGUCAGUGGAUUCUCCAGGCAGUGAAAAGUCACCUGUAACGACACCUCAGUUUAAAUUCUGGGCAUGGGACCCAGAAGAGGAACGUCGGAGACAGGAAAAAUGGCAGCAGGAGCAGGAACGUUUGCUCCAGGAGAGAUACCAGAAGGAACAGAACAAGCUGAAAGAAGAGUGGGAAAAGGCUCAGAAGGAGGUGGAAGAGGAGGAACGCAGAUACUACGAGGAGGAGCGCAAAAUAAUUGAAGACACUGUGGUUCCAUUUACCGUUUCUUCAAGUUCUGCAGACCAGCUGUCUACGUCUUCCUCUGUGACUGAGAGCAGUGGGGCAGUGAAUAAAAUGGACUUGGAAAACUGCCGAGAGGAGGAACAACAGAUAAGACAGAAGAAACCAGUCCAAGGGGACAAAAAUGAUUUAUUAUUGCUCAAGACCAAGGAAGGUCAUUCACUGGAGGAAAAGGGCAGCCUAACUCAAGGGGCCAUGGCUCAUUCUAAGAGUCCUGUAUCAAAAGGAAUCCAUCAGGACCAUCAGCUGGAUACAGAAACUGGAGCCCUACACUGUGGGAUGAACCCACAGCUAGCUCAGGAUCCAGCCCAGAGUGAGCAGGUAUCAAACCCACCAGUGCACAUUUUAGAAGAUGUGAAGCCAAAAACCCUCCCUUUGGAUAAAAGCAUUAACCAUCAGAUCGAGUCUCCGAGUGAAAGGCGGAAGAAAAGCCCUCGAGAGAAUUUCCAGGCUGGGCACUUGUCCCCCUGUUCUCCCACCCCUCCUGGCCAAUCACCAAACAGGUCUAUCAGCGGGAAGAAGCUGUGCUCGUCCUGUGGGCUCCCUUUGGGUAAAGGAGCUGCAAUGAUCAUUGAGACCCUCCAGCUCUAUUUCCACAUCCAGUGCUUUCGGUGUGGAAUUUGUAAAGGACAGCUUGGAGAUGCAGUAAGCGGGACGGAUGUUAGGAUUCGAAAUGGUCUUCUAAACUGUAAUGAUUGCUACAUGCGAUCCAGAAGUGCUGGCCAGCCCACAACAUUGUGACGUGGUUUUCAAGCUUCCAGAUUACUCACCGUUUCUUUACGGAGAGUGUCCCCUGGCAACCGUUUAACAAAAUCCCAAGUGCAGGGGCUGCUCGGCAUUUAUCUAAUUUUUGAAAGGCUGUUCCUAAAGAUGGUAUCUGUUCUUCUGUAGCACAGUGUUUGUGUUCUUCCGGUUUUUGUUUUGGUUUUGGUUUUGAUUUUGAUUUUGUUUUGGUUUUGCAUUUGCACAGAAUAUACAAAAGAAUACUGAACUGUAAUGAUCCUGUAGUUCACAAAAAGAUCUCAGCAUGGGCCACCAGGCUUAUGGUUUCAAAUGUGUUCAUUCUCUUCUCUGAGAAUUAAUGAGGUAAAUGAUACAAUAUACCUGUUUUAUUUUAGUCUUUCUAGGAAUCAAACACUUCAUGUUUACAGAAUGGAGCUGCAGAAAGUGCAAGGCAUGCCAAUUUUGAGAUACGUGCUCUUCUGAGACAGAAGCAUACGAUUCAUACAUUUCGGAAACUAAAAAUCACAUCAUAUAGCUCUGAGCUAUAACUUGUUUUUAACGCAGAGACGCUAGUCUGAUAAUGUAUACUGUAAUCCUGAACCAUUUGUUACUUACCUUUUGAGGUAGAAGUCAUACCAAUAAAUUAUUGCACCGUUAGUGUUAGAUUUUGUGUGCUUUGGAAGUUACGUCAUUAAUAUAGGCUGGUCUAUAUUAGAUAAAGAGAACCCUCCCAAUAUCGGCUAGACAUACACUCUGGGACAUUGCCCAAGGGUAGGAAGGAACCAUAGGGAAAUAUCUCAGUCAUCAUUUCCAAAGUCAUCACCAAAAUCUGUGAGGAAGUUUAAUCUUGAGAAGAGUGGUGGGCCAGUGAUAGCCGUGAGAGCUUCGUUGCCGCCUUCUCUUCAGGCUGUAGAUUGACUAAGAGACUCAAUAGGGGGCAUACGGAAGCUGUCAUCGAGAUCAGUCUGUCGUUAGGUGUGGCCACUGCGCACCCUUGCCUGCAAGUUCUCCUUGAGGGCCUGAAGCACAGGUGUCUAAAGAAAAGCAUUAAGUCCCUCCUGGUAGGAUCCGAUGACAUAUGUUGUGAUAAGCCACUGACGUGUGAUCAGCAAGAACCUACAGUUCACAUCGUGCCCCACCCACUGCAGUGGACGACUGGUCUCUUCCAUUCUCCUUUAUCACCAACUCUCUUUACUAUCGAGAAUUCUGGACCUUGCUCCUGGAGACGUUUAGAGAGGAACUCUUGUGGAGAGCUGGUUGACUUUUUGCCCUGUGUGAUGAGUUUCAGCUGGCCAAGAAAGGAAUCAAGUUACUAAAAAGCAUCACGUUUUAGAUCUCCAGGCUGUUUUCUUUAAGACUGGGGAAAGGGGAACUAUUUAUUCUGCCUUAAAAUGAUGGCAAAUAAGUGAGGAUGAUAUUUUGUGAAUGUAGACUAUGGAUAUACUCCUGAUAGGUUAAUGUAGUCAUAAAAAGAGAUCAAGUAGCUGUUUUUCUGUUGUGUAAGCAAUAAUUUUUUUCUGUGUCUUAUUUGGUAUGGCUAGCAAUUAUUUAUUUACAUGCUAGACUGUUCUCUGCAUGCGGGUUCCAUGUAAGUGCAGAAAUUUCCUCAGCCACUGGAGGUAUUUUGACCAUUUUGUCAUUGGAUGAGCUAUUGUUAGAUUGAAAUUUAUACAUCAUUUCAUUAAAAAAUUGUGCCUUAUAAAAUGCAAAGCUGUUGCACAUAGUCAGUGAUGAAUUAUGGAUGCAGUACAUUGCGGAGAUGAAGUCACUUCCAAGUCACCAAGACUUCCCAUGGAGGUGUUUGCUGUCUUACAGGAAAAAAGAAAAAGAAAAGAAAAAAAAAAAGAAAAAUAGAAAAAAAAUUAAAAAGUAAAAAGUUUUGAAAAUGUACAGAUUAAGUUCAAUAUUUUGAUUAACCACCUGCAUGUUUUAUUAAAUAUUUUGAUAAUGUGGAUGUUUACACUUUGCAUGAUAUUAGCAGAGUACUUUACCACAAGUAAUGCACAAAACAUGUACAAUAUGAUCAUUCAUAACCAAUUUUUAUAGAAUACUUUUUACAUGUGGAACUCAUCCGUUAUGUAAGGAUUAUAUGAAUAUUGCACAUUCUCUUCUGGUUUCACAAACCCAUUUAUACAUAUUUCUUAGUGAGACUCAUUGUACAUGUAUUGAAGCCUGAAUCGAGUCAAGAAAAAUAAAGCCCCAUUCUCCCAACUGCGAAAUGUGCUUUCCCAUAAUGAACAAUAGUCACCAGCACAGAAUAAUCUCCAACAUUUUCUAAAUUCUAAUUGCCAACUGUUUCUAUUUAUAUUUGAUUUAGAUUUCAUUUGGAGUCUGUUACAUGGCAGCUUGGGCAGACUAGAUCUUGUUUUUUCCAAUGCAGCAUAAUGAGUAUGAUCUAUUUCUUUUCAAAUAAUCUUUGAGAUCCCAGGGAAAAAAAAAAAAUGCUCUGCUCUGUUGAGCUACAAUGUAAAUGUGUUCGUUUAAAAAACAGAUGAGGCAAGUGAGUGAUUUAUUGUUCCUGAGGAAAUAGAUCUGAUUUUUUUCCCCUCAUACUCCAAAAGCUAGUCCUUUCUCUUCCUUAAGGAGAAAUGGGUCACUCUUUGUUUUUCACUAGCAAAUUUUCAUGUCAUUUCCCCAUUCUUUCUAUGUAGUGUUAUUAAUGCAAUACGUAAUAUAGUUAUCUAUACACAAUGUAAGACUUAACAGACUGAAACGAUCCACCUCAUGUGUGAGUCCGUCCAAAAGAUGUUACUGUUCUGGGUGGACCAAUGUUCUAUAUCAGUUAUACUAACCUUCAUUUAAAAUAUUUAUUCUAAAAUGCCUCUGAGAAAUAGUAAAAAAAAAAAAAUUAAAAGUUGUCUAAAAUGCAACAGCUUUUAUAGUAAAUGUACAUUUAUAAAUAAAAUACUCAAAUCAA